AUAGGCUAAUACAGUAAAAUAAAAGAGCCCUUAGUGCAUACUCUUUUUGUCACUAUAUAUAUUCUUGUUUAUGAAUUUAUCUUGUUUUAUAAUCCCCAAGAGUCCCAUUGGCCUUACUAGUUUGACCCCAUUGCUAUAAUAAGUGUAAAAAAGUGAAAUCUCCUUCUUCUUUAGUUCAAGAUUUUGCAGAAAGUCUCUAAGAACCAAAAUAUGGAGAUAACCAAUUUCAGAACAUUUCUUGGCUUUCUCUUGGUAUUACUUAGCAGAAUUUGUGUCUGUAGUGCUACAGAGAGUGAUAUUUGUUGCUUGAAAUCAAUAAAAGAUUCAUUACAAGAUCCUUUCAAUAGUUUGGACUCUUGGUAUUUCAGCAAUACUACCGAAGGUUUCAUCUGCCGUUUUGCAGGAGUUAGUUGCUGGCAUGAUAGUGAGAAUAAGAUAAUUAGCAUCACACUUUCAGAUUUUGGACUAAUAGGUGAGUUUCCUCAAGGCAUUCGAAAUUGUACAAGCUUGACCGGUUUAGAUCUUUCUGGCAACAAGUUGUAUGGAACUAUCCCUUCUGAUAUUUCAGUAAUACUUGAAUAUGUUACAUCACUUGAUCUCUCGAGUAACCAAUUUUCUGGCAAUAUACCACCUGAUAUAGCUAAUUGUGCAUACCUUAAUGUUCUGAAGUUGGGCAACAAUAAUCUAGAAGGUGAAAUUCCAAGCAGAAUAGGCUAUUUGCCUCGCCUUAAGACGUUCAGCGUAGCCAACAAUUAUUUGACUGGGCCACUUCCAUCCUUUGUUAGCAAACAAAUCAGACCUAAGAGUUUUGCGAACAAUCCAGGGCUUUGCGGUAAGCCUUUGGGUGAAUGUGAGUAUUCUGAGGAUUCUUGGAUAUGGAAAUAUAUCGAUCGUGCUUCAUUCAUCGAAGCAUUUGUGAUUGGUUGGGUACUUGUCUUUACAUUGGUUUUAGUCCUUCAAUUGUUUCAAUUUCCUACCAAGGCUAUCAACAAGAUAGUUUCAUUGAGCAUAAGGAAGCUGAGGGGAAAGGAACAUUUAACUUCAGGAAGUGAAGAGGAAUUAAGCAGCCAACAGAAGAUAUUAAAGCUGGAGAAGUUUGUUACAAGAAUGAGCUUAAAGGAGCUGGAAAACGCGACUUCUGAUUUUAGUGAAGACUAUUUAGUAGGAAAUGGAAUGUUGGGCAAAGUGUACAAAGCAUUUCUACCAAAUGGCUGGACACUUGCAAUCAAGAAGCUGAAUGAUUGGGAGAAUUUGGAGGACGAGUUUGUCUCCGAGAUAACAACUCUCGGUGGUCUGAGGCAUCGGAACCUAUUGCCUCUAAUAGGUUUCUGUGCUGAGAAGCAAGAAAGACUUCUUGUUUACAAAUACAUGCAUAAAGGAAGUCUUCAUGAAUGGCUUCACACGGAUGAAGAUAAGGCCAAGAUUUUGGACUUCCCUCUUAGAGUUAAAAUUGCACUCGGAAUAGCAAAAGGCCUGGCUUGGCUUCAUCAUGGUUACGAAUUACACGUUACACACGGAAGCAUAAGCACACGAUGUAUCUUGCUAGAUCAAAAUUUUGAACCGAAAUUAUCCAACUUUUGGGAAGCCAAAUUUUGGAGUAAGAAUGACACAGCGUUGAGUUGGAGUCUUUUCCCAGUUGCUGAAUAUUCAGGUUUAGGUUCUUACAAGCAAGACAUCUAUUGCUUCGGUGUUGUGCUUCUCGAGCUUGUAACUGGGAAGGAACCACAUGAAUUGACAAACUCAAGAAAUCUAUUUGAUCACUCGCCUUGUCUACUUGAUGCAGACAGAGAUUUGCUUGGGAAAGGAGUCGACAAUUUAAUCCUCCAAUUUCUUGAGUUAGCUUGUAACUGUGUGAAGUUCUUUCCUAAUGAAAGGCCAACAUUGCUGGAAGUUUAUGACACGCUCAAGAAUAUGUCUCAAGGUCAAAGGGACUGGAUACGAAAGAUACCAUUAUCAACUGAUAUUUCAAGUCUAUAUGACUAGUACUAUAGUUUAUCUGGUCACUGAGUAGACAAAUUAGGAAUACGUUAAAUUUAAGCAUGACAGCUAUUUUUCGAGUCUAUUUACUGAUAGCUAGUACUGUUGCAACUGUAAUAUCUAAGAAUCUGUUACAACCAUAUUGAUUGCAUUUG